UCCGCCCCGGUGUCUCUUGAGGGGAGCGGGGCUCCCGCUCCUGGGAGGCCCCGCAGUGCCAGCUCGGGGGGUGAAGCGUCAGCACGGCGUGGGCGGUACCUUUGGGUUGUUGAAGAGCGAUGUAAAUGAACCGGCUCCUGGAGGAGUAGCCAUAGCGCUGGGGCUGUGGUUCGAGGUGGACACGGGAGCCAAGGUGUGGUCAGGCUGAACCUGUGAGCCUCAGGCUGCGGCUGUGUGGAGAUGGGAGCGGGCAGAGCGAAUCGAAGUCCAAGAAAAAGGGUCUGAAUUUUGAAGAGAAGAGGGCCCGCAUGAUGGAGAUCUUUUUUGAAACAAAAGAUGUCUUCCAAUUGAAGGAUCUAGAGAAGAUUGCUCCAAAAGAAAAAGGGAUUACCUCGAUGUCAGUGAAAGAGAUUCUGCAAAGCCUUGUUGAUGAUGGCAUGGUGGACACUGAUAGAAUUGGAACUUCCAAUUAUUUCUGGGCUUUUCCCAGUAAAGCUCUUCAUGCCAGGAAGCGUAAAUUGGAGGAGUUAGAGUCUCAGUUUGCUGAAAGCAGUCAGAAAAAAGAGGCUUUACAAAAAAGCAUUGAGAAAUCAAAAAUUGGACGUGAAGAUACUGCGGAACGAGCAGCUCUGCUGAAGGAACUUGCUGCACUUCGGCAGAAAAAAGAGCAGCUAAAGAAAGAAAUGGACAAAUACAGGGAAUGUGAUCCAGACGUGGUUGAAGAGAUGCGCCAAACAAACCAAGUGGCCAAGGAGGCAGCCAACAGAUGGACUGAUAACAUCUUUUCAAUAAAGUCCUGGGCCAAGCGUAAAUUUGGAUUUGAAGAGAGCAGAAUAGAUAAAUGUUUUGGAAUCCCAGAAGAUUUGGAGUACAUUGAUUAGUGUUCGGUUGAUGGCUGACACAGUUGUGUGUAGUUCAUUAUAUAUUCAUAGCUGCCAUUAAAAUGUGAAUCCUUUCCAAACAGGUGGCCACCAUUUAAUUUGCUGGUUUUGUUAAUGUUAAUAAAAUACCAAAAAUACUUAUUGCAGGUUUUUGUUUUUCUUGUACUCUGUAGAUAGUAAGUCUCUUGAUUUCUUCUGUGUGACAGACUUAGCAUGGACAGAGGUUAUAGGGAAUAAUUAU